AUGUCUGCCAACAUCGUGAAUGCGACAGGGAUAGAAUGCCUCAUACAGCAGCGCUAUCCCGGCACCUCUCGCGAUGAAGCCUAUGUCAGACUCUUCGAUGACCUGAAGCCUCUUAUGAAUCCUGCUGCGGUAGGAUGGCACAACCUCAUACAAGCCCUUGCAAUUCUCCUCAACAAGCCAGUUUAUAGUCUCGCUGAAUCUGCAGGUCGUACAGCCCAGCGCAUCCUUGGAGCCGUUUCUCAGAACACUUCGGAGACGUCCCAGCCCGUCAGAAAUAAACCAAAUGACACCUCGGAUCAGACGAUGAUACAGAUACUCCGCAAUCUCGCAGCGGCUGCCGGGGAUCUUCCAGAAGUGGUAUCAAGUACCGGUUCCGAUGGCAGUGAAGAGUACAAGAUUCAACACAGCUCCGAUGGCUUCUCUAGAGGCGGACCCCGAGUGUUCAGAGUCUUCAAUAACUCCUUCAAUGCUGGGCGUGAAUUUACCGCCGUCUUUGCUACCUGUGCUCUGUCGACUACGGCCCUUACUAUACAGACAAAAGCGAAGGAGUUACGGGCCAUCGGAUUAAACCCCAAGGACAUUCCUGAUGAGACAAGCUAUCAGGCGACACCAAUGGUCCAGGGCUGGAAGUUCCACGGCUUCGGAUAUUUCAUCUACAAGUUCGUCGACAAUGAAACUAAGACUGUUGGCGGAGGAAAGGCCGAUGGACGUCAUGCCUUUUAUGUCUUCAAUCCGACAACCAGUGCCAACGAAGAGUUCAGGACACAGGUCCAAAAGAGGCCCUUACAAGCCUCAUUUGGCGGGAUGUGCUCCGAUCUCGAGGCUGUUUUCCUUCUUAUGUGGCAAAACCGUCGGUCGCUUCGAAUGAGAGACCCGGAAAAUGCAGAUAACGUGAUAUUCCACUUGCUGGUUCCGGCAAAGAGGACUUUCGCUAUUGCAGAGAGAAUGGCCAUCGAUGAUGGAGUGGGGAAGCUGAUAAUUAAAGGGCAUACGGACGAAGGUGCCUGCUAUGCGUGGUUCAAUUUUGUAUCAUUGCCACGGCAAGUGGUACUACAUGAUGUCGGAAACCUUAACAGAGACUCUGCCGAUCUCGACAGAUCAUGGAAACGUGAGAAGAGUGGUGCACUUGCAUUUUUCGGCUGCGGGCUCAUUACAAUUAUCACCGGUUUUUUUGACCCUCCGGCAGCGCCAUACUUUGCUUGGCUGUGUUUUGCAUCGUUGGCAGUGACAUUGAAGUAUGGCGUACUGGAUGAACUGCGAUGA